AUGACUAUUUACGUAUUAAUUGUUGAGACAACGCUAAAUGCUGUGCCAGGAUUGAUCAUGGUAGUCUCAAUAACCGCCGGGUCGACUGUAAUGGUCAACAUAAUGGCAUAUGUUUCUGGAAUGGGUAAUUAUAUGUGUCAUGCUUGUCAUCCGUUCAUUUUUGCAUUCUCGCAUCGUGACUUCAAGGAAGUUCUGUACCGUCGGUCUACCCAGACCCAAACAUUUGCCAUGGCAUUGGGCAAUUUGAAAAUUCAGAAAUAA